AUUUUAUUAAUUAGAAACCAACUAUGUAAGUUUGCUCAAAUUUUCCCCCUCCAACCAAACCAAACCGUUAUGAUAUGAAAUUUUUUUAGUAUAUUUUUGGUCUUCAAGCUCAAUAAUGAUCGAGAACCUCCUUUUUAGGGCAAGAUAGGGUAGGAAUUACCCGUUUAAAUUUUUGAGAAUGUAAGGAAAAUGUUUAUGUUAUCAUAUAUUUGAUUUAAUUUUUUUUUUUUCUGGUAAGUUUUUCCAUUUUUUAUUUUUUAUUUUUAAAAAUUAAGACAGACGCAGUAUAUGAAUCUUCUUUUACAUAGCGGUUGUGUGUGGAAAUGAAAGUGCCAAACUUGUCCAUCGUAAAUCGGACGGUCGAUUUGCUGAUCGUUUUUCUGGGCAGUCGUCUUUCUCUCCACCACCGACUAAAUGACGAAACUACACUUUUCUGUUCCUAUAAUUACACCUCCCCUUCUAGGCCUCCUCCUCAUCACUUUACCCUUGCUCGUAAUUUCACAAAAUCUGGAUGCUGAACUAUCCAUUCUGUUGCAAGUCAAACAACAAUUGGGCAAUCCACCCUCUAUCCAAUCGUGGAACUCAUCAUCCUCACCUUGUGAUUGGCCGGAAAUUACAUGCACCGACAAUACCAUCACUGAAAUUUCACUCUACGGCAAGAGCAUCACUCACAAAAUUCCUGCCAGAAUUUGUGACCUCAAGAACCUUAUGGUACUUGACGUCUCCAACAAUUACAUUCCCGGCGAGUUCCCGGAUAUUCUCAAUUGUUCUAAGCUCGAAUAUCUCCUCUUGUUGCAAAACAACUUCGUGGGUCCAAUUCCAGCUAAUAUUGAUCGGCUUUCACGUCUCCGGUACCUAGACCUUACCGCAAACAACUUCUCUGGAGAUAUUCCCGCAGUAAUUGGGCAACUACGGGAGCUGUUCUACUUGUCUCUGGUUCAAAAUGAGUUCAACGGCACCUGGCCAAAGGAGAUUGGUAAUUUGGCGAAUCUUCAACACUUGGCCAUGGCCUAUAAUGACAAAUUCCUGCCUUCAGCCCUUCCAAAGGAGUUUGGCGCAUUGAAGAAGCUGACGUAUCUGUGGAUGACGGAUGCAAAUUUGGUCGGCGAAAUACCUGAGAGCUUCAACAAUUUGUCGAGUCUGGAACUCUUGGAUCUCGCAAACAACAAAUUGAACGGUACGAUCCCGGGAGGCAUGCUUAUGUUGAAGAAUUUGACCUAUUUGUAUUUAUUCAAUAAUAGAUUGUCCGGCCACAUUCCUUCAUUGAUAGAAGCUCUCAGCUUGAAAGAAAUUGAUCUUUCCGACAACUAUAUGACGGGGCCGAUUCCAGCGGGUUUCGGGAAGCUACAAAAUUUGACGGGUUUGAAUCUUUUCUGGAAUCAGUUGUCAGGAGAGAUACCAGCAAAUGCAAGCCUCAUUCCUACACUGGAAACCUUCAAAAUUUUUAGCAAUCAAUUGAGUGGAGUUUUGCCUCCAGCAUUUGGCCUUCAUUCGGAGCUUCGACUCUUUGAGGUUUCCGAGAAUAAACUAAGUGGAGAAUUACCUCAACAUUUAUGCGCUAGGGGGGCUUUGCUUGGAGUGGUUGCUUCCAACAACAAUCUCAGUGGGGAAGUGCCCAAGUCCCUCGGGAAUUGCACAAGUUUGCUCUCAAUUCAGCUUUCCAACAACAAUCUCAGCGGGGAAGUGCCCAAGUCCCUCGGGAAUUGCACAAGUUUGCGCUCAAUUCAGCUUUCCAACAAUCGCUUUUCAGGCGAGAUUCCUUCCGGCAUCUGGACAUCCUCGGACAUGGUAUCGGUGAUGUUAGACGGAAAUUCAUUCUCGGGGACACUUCCAAGCAAAUUGGCAAGGAAUUUGUCCAGAGUGGACAUCAGUAACAACAAGUUUUCUGGUCCAAUUCCUGCUGGAAUAUCAUCUUUGUUGAAUCUAUUGUUGUUCAAGGCAAGCAAUAAUCUAUUUUCAGGAGAAAUUCCAGUGGAAUUGACGAGUCUUCCAUCCAUAUCUACUCUGUCGCUUGAUGGGAAUCAAUUGUCAGGCCAACUUCCUCUUGAUAUUAUCUCCUGGAAGUCACUAUUUGCUUUGAAUUUGUCAACAAAUUAUCUCUCUGGCCCAAUUCCAAAGGCCAUUGGAUCUUUGCCUAGCCUCGUGUUUCUUGACUUAUCUGAAAACCAAUUCUCAGGCGAAAUCCCCCAUGAAUUCAGUCAUUUCGUGCCUAAUACCUUUAACCUUUCAUCCAACAAUCUAUCUGGGGAAAUCCCACCCGCCUUUGAAAAGUGGGAAUACGAAAACAAUUUCUUGAAUAAUCCCAAUCUGUGUGCCAAUAUUCAAAUUCUGAAGAGUUGCUACUCUAAAGCCAGUAACUCCUCUAAAUUGUCAACCAAUUACCUAGUCAUGAUUAUAUCUUUCACCCUAACUGCUUCCCUGGUUAUCGUACUUCUUAUCUUUUCCAUGGUUCAAAAGUAUCGAAGGAGGGACCAAAGGAACAAUGUUGAAACAUGGAAGAUGACAUCCUUCCAUAAGUUAAAUUUCACUGAAUCCAACAUAUUGUCGCGUUUGGCACAAAAUAGUUUAAUUGGAAGUGGGGGGUCAGGGAAGGUAUAUCGUACCGCCAUUAACCAUUCUGGUGAAGUGGUCGCUGUUAAAUGGAUUUUGACUAAUAGGAAACUAGGCCAGAACCUCGAGAAGCAAUUCGUAGCAGAAGUCCAAAUAUUAGGUAUGAUACGCCAUGCCAAUAUAGUGAAGUUGCUAUGCUGCAUUUCAAGUGAAAGCUCAAAUCUUCUUGUUUAUGAGUACAUGGAGAACCAAAGCUUAGAUAGAUGGCUUCAUGGUAAGAAGAGGGCAGUGUCCUCAAUGGAUUCAGGAAGUGAUGUUGUCUUGGACUGGCCGAUGAGGCUGCAAAUUGCCAUUGGAGCUGCUCGAGGCCUAUGCUAUAUGCACCAUGAUUGCUCUCCCCCAAUCAUUCAUCGAGAUGUGAAGUCCAGCAACAUCUUAUUGGACUCUGAAUUUAAUGCAAAAAUUGCAGAUUUUGGAUUGGCCAAAAUGUUAGCCAAGCAAGUAGAAGACCCUGAAACAAUGUCUGUGGUUGCAGGCACUUUCGGAUAUAUUGCUCCAGAGUAUGCUUAUACAAGAAAGGCGAAUAAGAAGAUCGACGUCUACAGUUUUGGAGUUGUGCUUCUAGAGUUGGCCACUGGAAGAGAAGCCAAUAGGGGGAACGAGCAUAUGAACCUUGCUCAAUGGGCCUGGCAGCACUUUGGAGAGGGAAAAUUCAUUGUGGAAGCCUUGGAUGAGGAGAUCAUGGAAGAAUGCUAUAUGGAAGAAAUGAGCAAUGUGUUCAAACUAGGCCUCAUGUGUACUAGCAAAGUACCUUCUGACAGGCCUUCCAUGAGGGAGGUAUUGCUAAUUCUUGAUCGAUGUGGUCCUCAGCAAGGUCAUGCUACAUAAAAAACGAUCCCAUCACUUUUCAUGAAGUUAAAUGUAGUUAUUUAGAAGGUGUGCGUUGCAGAAAUGAAGAUACCAAGUAAUCAACUCUACCUCCCUUGAUAUUGUCUAGCAAACUAUUUAUGUCG